ACACGACACUGCUCCACGGCUGCAGCACGACACGCCGACGUAGACUGUGAUGUAGGAGGAGGAUGACAGGAGCAUGGGAGGGGGAGGAUGCCAGCGAGUGUGCUGAACGAGAGGGCGCGUGAGUGAACGGGAGAGUGAGCGAGUAGGGAAAAAAGAGAGUGAACGGGUGAGAUAAGCAGCAUCCCAUCAGUGCAUUCUGCUGGCUGGCAGCAGCUCAGGAGGCAAGUGGAAGGCAGAGCAGCACCACCUCACCAGAGGCGGCGACACUACAUCUCUGUCUCUCUGCCCCCCUCCCUCCCUCACUCACUCACAGUCGUGCGCGCGUUUGUGAGGAGGUGUAAGCACAGGAGGCGGAGGAGGACCACAUCUUUGCGCGCUAAUCUGCUGCCAUCGCUUGACUUUGGAGAGCUGUCUGCGGAGGACUGGACCAGAGCUUCAUCCUCCAUCCUGCCUGCUGCUUUUCGUCAGCGACCCCUCCAUCAUUUGGACUGAUAUGACCCUGGUCACUCAUCUCACCUCGGAUCCGUGCGUUUAUGCAGCUGCCCUUCUUCUCUAGCCAUCUGCCUGCCUCUGCUCUCGCUUGACGCCGCAGAGAAAUCCCGGAAACACAUCCUGCGGAUCCAAGCAUCCAACCAAGCAACCGACUGAGAGAGUGACCUUUGCAACGCAGCCAUGAACUUCCUCCGGCGCCGACUUUCUGACAGCACCUUCAUGUCCAACUUGCCCAACGGCUACAUGUCUGACCUCCAGAGGCCUGAGCCUCCAGCUCCCCCUCCACCCACUGCCCCCUCUCCAUCCCAACAAGAGGCAGCACCGACUCAGUCUCCGACCAAAGCCCCAGCUCCGACCCAGGCCCCAGCUAGCUCCCCUGCGCCUCAGGAGCGACGUCCCAGUCAACAGGGCCAGCAAGCUCCACCUGCCCAGUCCUCCUCUGGUGGGUCCUCUGGGUUCUUCAGCUCCUUCAGCUCCAUCACCAACGUGGUCAAGCAGACAGCCGCUUCUGCAGCUGGAUUCGUGGAGCAGUCUGCCCAGUCGCCAUCACUAUCCAAGAAGUUCAAGAUCCUGCUGGUCAUCGACGAGCCUCAGCACGAGUGGGUCAAAGUGUUCCGGGGGAAGAAGGUGGUCGGGGAGUACGACAUCAAAGUGGAGCAGGCUGAGUUCUCGGAGAUCAACUUGGUGUCCCACUCCAACGGAACUUGUAACGUGGACAUGCAGGUCAUGAGGGGUGGAACCAAGGUGGUCAGAUCUUUCAGGCCUGACUUUGUCCUGGUGCGUCAACACGCCUUCAGCAUGGCCCAGAACCAGGACUUCAGGAACCUGAUCAUCGGCCUUCAGUACGCAGGGGUCCCGUCCGUCAACUCUCUGGAGUCCAUCUACAGCCUGUGUGACAAACCCUGGGCCUUCUCUCAGCUGAUCAGAAGUCAGAAGAAGCUGGGCUCGGACAAGUUCCCCCUCAUUGAGCAGACCUUCUACCCCAACUACAAGGACAUGAUUACAACGCCAAGUUUCCCGGUGGUGGUGAAGAUCGGACACGCCCACUCUGGAAUGGGAAAGGUGAAGGUGGAUAACGUCAGCGACUUUCAGGACAUCGCCAGUGUGGUGGCCAUCACUCAGACCUACUGCACCACAGAGCCGUUCGUAGACGCCAAAUACGACAUCCGAGUCCAGAAGAUCGGUGCCGACUACAAGGCUUACAUGCGAACGUCCAUCUCUGGAAACUGGAAGAGCAACACUGGAUCUGCCAUGUUGGAGCAAGUCGCCAUGACGGACAAGUUCAAGCUGUGGGUCGAUACCUGCUCCGAGAUAUUCGGAGGCCUGGAGAUCUGCGCUGUCAAGGCCAUCUGUGGCAAGGACGGCAAUGACUACAUCACUGAGGUGGUGGGCUCAUCCAUGCAGCUGAUCGGUGAGCACCAGGCUGAGGACCGGCAGCUGAUGGCAGAGGUGGUCCUGGCUAAGAUGAACCAGGUGCUGGCGCUCAGGAGGGCCAGCGCUUCACCCUCUCCUUCCCCUCCAGGCCAGAAGCCGGCGCCGGCGCAGCAGAGCGCUGGGAUGAAGCAGGGAGCGGCAGACGGCCCCAGGACCAGCAGCCAGCGGCCUCCCGCUCAAGGGGCUCCGGUCAAGUCUCAGAGCGUGGAGCAAGCAUCCGAGCCCAAACCUGCUCCGGCUGCGGCCCAGAAGCCGGCGCCGCUCCAGAAGGCCACGUCGGUCAACAAGCCGCCGGUGCCAAGGCCGCCGCCCAUGACCAGAGCUCCCUCGGUCACCAAGCCAGAGUCUGCGUCCAGCCCCGCCCCCGCUAAAGCUCCGCCCUCGGCGCCGGCCUCCCCUCAGACCAAAGCUCCCGCCUCGCCUCCUGCUGCCACCACCGAGCAGCCCAAGUCCCAGGGAUCCCCUGCGCCCUCUCCUGGCAAACCCAAGGAGCUGCCUCCAAAACCCACGCCGCCAGCCAAGCCCAUCCCACCUGUGCGCCGCAAUUCCAAGCCGCAGCUGCAGCCUAAGCCCCAGACCCCGCCUCCACCCCGAGCCGCACCCAAAGCCCAAAGCUCCUCAGAGAGCAGCAGCCCCCAGUCUCCAGGCAAGGUCAGCCAGUCGCCUCCCGACCUCCAGUCCCCGGCCCAGCCCCAGCCAGAGUCGGCGGCCGCCCCCGCUCAGGCCGCCGGGGAGGAGCAGCAGAAGAGCAGCCACCCUCUGCUCAAUAAGUCCCAGUCCCUGACCAAUGCCUUCAACGCCUUCAGCGACUCCUCUUUCUUCCGCGGAGUCUCCAGCUCCGGAGGUGACGGUCAGGAAGAGGCGAAGGCUGAGACCAUUCGCAGCCUCCGAAAGUCCUUCGCCAGCCUUUUCUCUGACUAGCUCUUUCUUCUGUGACCAGUGGUGACUGGAGUGACCCUCAGUGUGCAGCCGUCUGAGAUGUGUGUGUGUGUGUGUGUGUGUUAACUGUACGGUAUCCCCCCUCCGUCCUGCCCCCCCUCCCCUCCUCCCGGCCUCUCUGUGCGAGUCACAGCGAGGCCUGCUGGGUCGGAUGAGUUCAGCCGUGUGUUCGGUGAGUGUCUCUGCCACAUUCUUACAUGGGAAAUCACCUUCUGGACGCUUGCUGCGGGAGCCAGACUCACAUGGGCCGGUCGUGGUGGCCUUCGGGGGGGCUCCGGUGGAAUCCCUCGGGAGAAGGACAGCUGCGGUCACUAGGUGGCGCUGCACCACUGGAAGGGGAAGUCACUUUGGUUCCUUUUCGGUGGGGGGGUCCCUCCUCGCCUGGUGGUGGAACUAGAACCAACCGCAGAGGCGUCCGUCUUGCUCUCCCUGCAGGCUGAGCGUGCCUCACUCCCUCUCACUCUCUCACCCCGUGCAGAGGCCUGGCCUCUGUGGUGACCUGACUGACUCUGCCCUCGCUCCCACUCCAGUGAUGUGUCAACGAGGCGUCAUGAAGCGUUUAGACACACCGCGUUGAUGCUGUCUCGCUCAACACUGACACCUGCUGGACAGUAAACGUCCCUGCAGCCAACAGACCUGAGGACAUCACUGAAGUCGCUGCAUUCAUAUGGUGUUGUUCCAUAUCUUUAGACCAUGUCAACACGUACCAGCAUGUGAAAAAUGUUGAUUAAAAAAAAGUCCAAUGCUGUUUCUAAAUUAGAUGAUACUUUGAAAUUAAUUUGAAUGAGAAUGGAACAAGACCAGUCUAAAACAAUCUGAGUAAAGAUGGAAAUAAAAACAUGAUUCUCGAACCGAGCGUUCCCCCGGCAGCUGCCCCCUCGACCCAUUCACCAGGAGCCGUGUUUCAGCAGUCGCCUCCUGUUGACAGACGCGCUGCCCUACAGACACAGUUUGGCGCGUUUUGGCCGACUCGACCCAGUCACGUGACCAUGGCCUCGGUGUUGCGGGACCCGUCGCUGCCCACUCUGUUUGAGAGACGGAUGAGUGCGGACGGCUCCCGCAGCACGUGUGGGGCCUCAAAUCCUCACCGCGAGCAGCUGCCGAUCUCAAGCCUGUGACUGCAGCAUCCCAGGAUCAGGCCUUUCCCUGCAGCCGUCUGAGCUGACCGUUUGGGUUCGUGUAGAAUGUGGCAGGGGGAGAGUGGUGGUGGUGGUGGAAUAAACUGUGCGACAGCCUUUAUUUUUCCCAGAGUAUAUAGAGUUCUAUGAAAGUACUGUACAGUAUUUCUAGGUCCACACCCACGGCAGACAUGAUCCCAGGAAACAAGCCAGCUGUUGCAUCGGUGUUCAGUCAUCCCCAGCCCAUGACCUUUGUGUCCCCGAGCCUUGACCUUGGUGGUGUGAGGGAGCCCUGUGUUUGCUCAUGCGUCUGUGCUGCAUGGCGUCGCCUCUCUUUCUCUCUCGAUGUCGUAGCCUCGUUGUGUUUCCAGUUUGGUGGCUGAGCAGGCGCGAGUCUCGAGACUCGCCGCCUGCCGCUGUGGUUUCUUGUUCCAUCUCCGUGUAGAUAUCAAGAGUAUUCCCCUGAAACGUCGUGGAGACAGUCGUGCAAUGACCGGUGUCACGUCAGCCGACCGUGUGGACCCACUCUCCGAGUGGCAUCGUGUCUCACUAGAGUUCAAGCAACGCCCCCAUCCACCCGUGACCUAUGACCUACAUGAGUGCUUCACCAUCCUCAGUGCUGUGAUGCGAGUGCGGCCGCCAUCUUGGUUUGUGUGUGUCCACCUGUGUGUGUGCGCGUCUUAUUUUUUGUAAUAUAUGGAUUGAUUUAUUUUUAGAAAGCUCCUUAUUUAUGGUACAGUAAACAUUGUAUGGUGUUCAUAUCUGUGGCGCUUUGCAUGACGUGGUGAGUGAAGAUGUGUCAGUUGUGUACAGAUCAAAGGUAAUAAACGUGUGGUCCCAUCGCUCA